AUGGACCGCCCGGACCGGUCUCCGACAUCGCAAGCGCUUACGGAUCGACCCACUCCUCAUUCCAUCGCACAACCUCCACAAGGCGAUAUCACGCUAUCACCGGGUACAGAGCGGUACUAUCAAGCCGCUCAAAGGAUGAUCACCCUCGAGACUCGCUUUCCCCAUCCCUCGGCAACCGCAUCUCCGCCGCCAGCUCUCGGCUCACUGAAUCAGUACGGCUCUCCCUCAUCCUCUCGACCCUCUCCAGCCAGCCUACCCUCGAAAGCGAAGCGAUGGGUCAGGGGUCCAGCGCGACGGGCCCCUCCCAGUACCCCUGACAGUGAGUCAUGGGUGGACGUUGAUCACGGCGGGGCGGCGGAGGUUGCAGACGAGGUCGAUAAGGCGCAGCCGCUAUCCUCAACCCACACAUCCCACUCCCUCCAUCGUCGCCGUAACCACUCCGAAUCCUCCUCGUCGACGUCGAGGUGCAGUACACCGUGCCCGACCUCGCCCAUCUCCACCUCCACCUCGGUGCUGUUACUACAUGGCGAACAGGGAGAGAUAGCGGGAAGUGCGGAAGAUACGAUGGAGAAGUAUACCAAGAUGGGAGGCGGAGAAGAGGCGCCACGUAGGCCGGAAGAGGAGCCAGAUGAAGCGUUGCGCCGGACGCUGGUAGGGAUAGGGGCGCAACUAGGGCAAGAGGUGACGCUGGGGUACGAGAUUCGGAACUUUCGUUGGGAACAUUGGUGA